AUGAGCCGUGACUCCAACCCCGUCCAAAUGCACACCUCCGUCUCCAAGCUGCUGACCCUCUUCUGCCUGCUCAGCGUCUCCACCUACCUGCUCCACCUGGGCCUCCUCUUCCACAGCUCCCCCUGCCUGCAACCCCUGAACCUCAGCAUUCUGCUCUGGGCCUGGCCCUUCGGACGCUCCUACUCCCUGGAGGGCGACCCCUGCCGCCAGAUGUACAACAUCACCGGCUGCUUCCUCAGCGACGACCGCUCCGCCUUCGCCACCGCCGACGUGGUGGUCUUCCACCAUCACGAGCUCCGCUGGGCGCCCCCCUCCUCCUCCCGCUCCCUGCCCCUACACCUCCCCCGCCCGCCCUCCCAGCGGUGGGCCUGGAUGUCGCUGGAACCUCCGGUCAACAGCGGAGACCUCAGACCGUUCAACGGCCUCUUCAACCUCACCGUGAGCUACCGGCGCGACGCCGACGUCCCCAUCCCCUACGGCCGGACCGUGCCCCGGUCGGCGGGGGGUCGCCGGGGCGACGACGACGACGACGCUGCCGCGGCUGCCCCCCUCGUCCGGAACCGCUCCUGCCUGGCCAGCUGGGUGGUCAGCCGGUACAAGCCCACCCAGGCCAGGGCGGAGGUCUUCCGGCGUCUGAGGCGGCGCGUCCCCGUGGAGGUGUACGGCCGGUGGGCGCAGAAGCCCCUGGCGGAGGACCGGCUGCUGCCCACCAUCGCCCGCUGCUACUUCUACCUGGCGCUGGAGAACUCCAACGCCACCGACUACAUCAGCGAGAAGCUGUGGAGGAACGGACUGGGGGCCGGGGCCGUGCCCGUGGUGCUGGGCCCCAGCAGGGCCACCUACGAGGCCCUGGCGCCGCGCGGUUCAUUCAUCCACGUGGAGGACUUUGGCAGCGUGGAGGCGCUGGCGGACCACCUGAGGAGGGUGGCGUCCGACGGCGAGGAGUACGCCAAGUACUUCGGCUGGCGGCGGACGCAGGAGGUGAAGACGUACGGCGACUGGCGAGAGCGUCUGUGUCAGAUCUGCGUGCGCUACCCGGGACUGCCCCGGCACAAGGUGUACCACGACCUGGACGCCUGGCUGGGUGGGCCGUUAGGGAGGCACGUGCCACGCUCGACUGGUUCCUGAGAACACGGUGGUUGGUAGCCUGACUCAUUCAACCCACAUGCCAGUUAUGAGUCAGUUAUGAGAUACUAGCGGUGGAAGCGCCGGGGGUUGUGUUGCAGCGGGAACGUAAUAAGAUUAGCACCCUUUCAGGUCGUGCUUGAGGUUUUUUCUUAACAACGCGCUGGCUCUUGGCGUUUAAGUAGAGGGAGUUACACGAUGAAAGGAGAUGAAGAGAUGAAGAGUUGCAAAAUACAACAAAAACUGACUGCUCGGCAUCAGUCCCUGAACGCAUUCGACUUGUGGUCACAAUGCGUUCACACUUGAUAGCUUGAUAAAGCUUUCUUCUCUCCCUUUCCAAAAGGAAAAACAAAAUAAUUUUUAGGAUUAUUUUAACGGCUUUGUGUUUUUAUAUGUGUAUUAGGAGCAGUAAAUUAUGCACAUAUUUUGUUACUGGCAAUCUUUGCAGCGAAACAAUAAAGUUACUUGAAUGACUGUUUUCAGAGUUUAUA